AUGUCAUCCCUGAGGGCUUCGUCAACAGCGCUCUCAUCAAUGACUACCAGCUACGUGGAUCCCAUCCACAUCCACAAGGACCCCAUCCACAUCUUCGAGCGGCCCAUCAUGUUCAUGUCCUUCUUCAGCAACUCUGCACUUUGCUUCAGCUGCAAGUUCCAGUUUAAACCCAUCCUGGUGUCCGACCCCAUGCUGCUCCUACCGGUACACCAGGGCAGCGUCACCAUGCUCAGUGGGUACGCUGCAGAUGAGAUCACCCAUUGCAUCCAACCACAGGACAUCAAGGAAAGACGGGCUGUUGUCAUACUUAGAAAGAAAAGGACAGAAGCUACACGUCUAGAAACAAAGUCCCUGAGCAGCAGUUACAAUCAUGAUGGUUCCAUCGUAAAGCAGAUCCGGAUGCAGCUCACAGACCCCAAAUUCUAG